GUAUUAUGUGUUUUGGAGAGCAUUGUUGAUGUUAAUCAUGUUUCUUCGUCUUCCUUUAUGUUUUUUUUAUAUACAUCAGAAGUUAGAGCUUGCACAUAUCUGAAUCCUCAUAGCAUUUGGGAAUUUUAUGAAAUGAGGAAAUGGAUGAUGAGAAAAGAGGUCAAAUCAUAGUCACAAGGAUCGCCAAUAUAGCCACGAUCCACGUUACGAAUGCCCCGUUCCCAAACGCGGUACAAUUUCGUACCAAUCGCCAGCCGAAACGCUCUUUGGUACAUGUAUCGGCUUAUAUGGUACACCGUACUGGAACGUACCGAAAUGAGCAUACCCCCACCGUACCCGAUACAUCUUAA